AAACGAGAAAACAACAGUCUUGCCGCCACCCCAUUAAAAUUACAAAAGGAGAAUUUACUCUUACUAUAGGAUUCCAUAAAAGAACCCACAAUCACAAAAGCCGUUAGAUUUUCGUAUUAAAGCUGUGAAAGACAAAAAAGCCUUAUAUAUUUCCCUGGAAAUGUGCUAGCAAGCAAAUCCUUGGGCAAAAAAUGGCAUCCAAGAUUUUCCUUCCAUUUUUACAGUUUCACACUAAAAAAACUGAUGUUAAUACCCUCACAAGCAUAAAGCUGCAUAAAGCUGAAACAUUUUCUGUCUCUUUUCAAGCCUCAUAAGUCAGAGCUAAUGAAAACAUUUUUCAAGCAGUCUCGCUUGAUUGUCAUCCGCCGCUGGCAGAAAGUCAAAAACUAAAAGAGCGGAAAAUUUUCCUCUCGCGCAUUGUUUGCAGAAGCUCAGAGCCGUUGUUAGUCUAAUAAAGCAGCGAGGGCUAGCGUGACACGUACAAUCAACGAACGAACGAUCGAACGAUCCAUCACCGGUGGUGGCGCGAUUUGCAAAGCAUCGGCGCCGAAGAUGAAAAGACGAGGCCGCCGAAGUGCGUUUGUUUUUGUUUAGCAGCUACAAACGGCGCGUGAAGAGCGAGAGAAGAAGGAACACACUCGAGCGGGCGAGCGGGCGGGCGAGCGAGAGCCAAAUGUACACACGGGGUGGCGCCUGCGACUCCACCCCUCGAGCACCACCACCACCACUACUGGCAGAAACAGCAGCAGCAGCAGCAGGGCGGUAGUGCCCGCUGCUCGAUACGACCACGCGGAUCAAUAAAGCGGCGGCGGCGGCGGCGGCGUCGAAGGGGAGGCGGCGGCGGCGCUGGCCGAAGGUUGCACUCGCUCAUACACACACACGCCAUACCUUGGGCUGAGAGCGAUGCGACCGCCAGUGCUGCGUGCCCAGUAGUCCAGUGCAGAAGCCGUCGGGACAAAGGCACGGACGCCGCCUGCAUGGUCCGAAUUAUGUGAUUGCCUACGCACCGCAGCACCGCACACAUUCCACGCAGUAUAACAUAUUUACAACAGGCGGAACUAGCAAAGAAUAAUCCAAAAUGCACACGGUUGGCUUGCAUUCAGCGCUGGCCAUCAAGCGGCAGCGCAAGCGUCGCGAGGAGCAGAAGCGUGCGCGCGAACGCCGCUACUCACACGACAGCCACGGCCACUCUACGCUGUCGCCGCGCAACAGCAUAGUCAGUCUGGACACCGCAGGCCGCCACAAGCCACGCAAGCAUCCCACCAUGAUGGACACGAAGGUGGUGACCAGUGUCGGCAUGAUGCACAUCGGGGUCGUCUUCAUCGUUUUCGGCGGCUUCCUCAUCGUCUCGGGCAUCCUGCCGGCGACGGACGACGACGCCAACUUGAAAGGCAAGACCCUGUGGAACGAGCUGCUCUUCUCCGGGCUCUUCUGCCUCGUUGUCGGCAUCUUUCUGAUCAUCCUCAACCAUUUCGUGUCCAAGCAGGCCGACGACGACCUCAACAGUUACGUGACCAACCAGCUGAACAGGUCCAAGUCUGGUCACAGACUGGUGCGGGACGCUGAGACGGGGAACAUGUCGACCCCGAGACGCCAGACGAGGGACGACAGCGCCAGCAGCCUGCAGCACAGCCAGGAGGGCAACAUGGAGGACGCGGACCAAGUUGAGCCAGCACCCGUGCACGGGUCCCACCACUCGAAUCCGCACAAAUCGCCCCUAAACUCCCCUCCACCCUGCAUAAAUGGCGAGCCUCCCCUGGAGAAGAUCAUUGAGGAGGACUGCAGCGAGUACUCGAUCGCGUCCAGCAGACGGCAGAGAUUCUUCACCGAAAAGGGCGAGGAGGAGACGCGGUUGACCAUGGACGCGUUCAACGACAAGGCGUCCACCAACAGCACCACCGGCAGCGUCAGCCCGACGACGCCGUCCGAAACGCGAGAGCUGCUGACCAGCCGCUCGAUGAAGAUGUACCGCAUGUGA